UCUAGCUAAUGCCACGGAAUAACGAGCGAUGUCAAGAUAGAAAUUGCCCAAUGUUACGCAUAUAUAAGUAGUCGGAGCGUGAAAGUACGAGCUUGGAAGUGGUAUUUACACACUAUGCUCGUUAUAGAUCGUGAAAGUAUUUACUUAAAAGUUUUUAAGAGAGAUAUCGACUCCAGGUGUGUUGCCUUCCUAGGUGGAUGAGUCAUUAGGAACAUGGCCUUGACAACACGGAAGGCAAAAUGGUGAUCAGCGUUACACCCUUGGAAUGUAAACCAGUGUAGUCUGCUCAGUGCCCUGGCAAGAAGUUCACAUUGGAGUGGUGUAGAUUAAUCUAGUCAGUUUUAAUUAAGUGCGUUGUACACAUAAGUUCUCUUGAGGAAAUAACCUCAAGAGAUUUACAUAACAUAACCUAAACCACAUACGCUGUAAAAUCGAACAAUAACAUCAACAUGCCUGCGAGUGGCCCAGUGUAUCAGCCAACAACUGUUACCUACGAGCAACAGAGUGACUGGGCACCUGUUAGUUAUUUAUCGCAAACAGUAAACAAUGGUGUUAACCGAUCUAAAUGCUUGCAGUGGCUUCUUUUGGUGGCUGGACUUUUUUGCAUCGCUGCCGGAUUAAUUAUGUUGGUGGAAGGGGCAGUUGAUUAUUCAGAAAUUCAGCAAGGGAAGGAGGAUCGAGAUACAACAGGCGAUUUGGCAAUCGCUAUUACUGGUGGUGUCCUGACAGUUUUAGGCAUUUUGUUCAUAGGAUUCUACAUUCGUGUUGCCAGGAGAAGAAAAGGAUGUCCAUGUUUCCCAAGUAAAGACCAGAGGUUAGCGAGACAGCUUGAUAACCAUGGUACAAAUGGACAGAUUCUGACUCUGAACCCAUCAACGGAUCUUUUGGUUACCGCACAGUAUGGUCCAGUGUCAGAAAUUGCCUAUCAGCCUCCUGCUGUCUCUGAAGAAGAGGAAACUCGGAAACUUAUGGGCAGUGAUAAUAAAGAAUGGUAGUUAAGUCAAGUAAGGGUCAACUAAUGGGACACUCACAACCAUCUCACUUAUUGUUAAAGAUUAAUUUAACAUUAAAACAAUGAAGAAAGUGAACGCAUGCUGGAGUCUGAUCCCCGCAUUGUUCUGAGACCUCGUAGUCAUGUUGAAGAAGCAUAAUGUACAGUGAAACAAUGCCUACAAUUGUACCAAAACUGAGAAAAAUCUCAACAAGUUCUAGUUGUUUUCGAAGCCAACAUCUUGCUCCCCUUGCUACAGGUGAGGAAGUGACUCCGUCAUUACGUUCUUCGUUUGCCAGUGUUUACUACAAUAUAACACCAUACGAGUCUGAAAUUUCCCUCGAUUCAGCUUGUAGUACUUAAGCCCAGUCUCAGUACUUUAUUUGUGAAUAUUUGUAGAUUGGCAUGACUUGGACUGGACCACUAAAUUUUCAUAUUGUUUUCUUUCAAAUAUUUAAUUACUUAAAAAUAGAAAAUUAAAGAGAAAUGGAAUCUUCUUUAGACAUAGUCUCAUUAGUCAUAGAGUAAUAUAAUAUGUAUCAGAAAUGAUAAUUCAAAACUUAAAUGUUGUAGUACAACAAGAAUACUGUUACAUAGGCAUUAGCGCGUUUUGCUGUAGCCAUCUAGUGUGUAUCAUGUAUGUACUUAAAAAGAGACAAACACAAUUUCUUAAAUAUGCCUUCCCUGUAUAGAGCGCUUUAGUACAUAUAUGUUACAUGUUUAGGAAUUAGUAAGUAGUUUUGUGCUGACAGAGCUGCUUCUAAAUGUUUUUUGUAUGGUUUUAAUUUGGAAUGUAUUGGAGUGCAAACAGUCAUUUUUCACAAUGGCCUAAUAAUACAUAAUGUGAACUUUCUCCUGUAUUGUUACUUUAUGUGCUCAGGAGAUGUUUUAGGUCAAUAUAUUGCCUAUAUUUUUGUAGAUUAGAAUGAUUAAUAUGAAUUUAAUCUCUGGUGGAAUUAUUCAUGUGAAAACCGACUGUAUGCAGGCAAUAGAAGUUCUGUUCUAGAAUAGGAAAUGUUUUGAGAAUGUGACAAAAAUUUACACUGUGAGUGUAGUUGCAUAAUCAGAUGUAUUGUUUUAUUUUUAUAGAACUUAGACGAGUUUGGAAUAAAAACAAAAGAAAUGCUAAUUACUCUAAGAUUGGUUUUAAUAUGUGGAAUUACUAAUGGUCCAGUCCAGUUGUUACUUGUCAGUAUUGGUAUUGUGUAUUUUUCAUUUUAUGAAGCAUGAUAGCUAAGCAUUUUAUGACUUUUUAAUGGUUCUUAUUUUCCUUCCAUGAAUGAGAAUUUUAUUUUUAAAUAAAUUCAUUAGACAGGAAAGAAAUUCACAGUACCAGUUAUUUAUGUAGUACCAGUUAUGAAUAUCAUAACCAAAGAAACCUUAUGACACAUGGUAGGAGUUUGAAAGAAAGGGCUCAUCUCUUGGUGAAAUACACUGGACUGAUUGUUUUAUGCAAAGAACGAAACACUAUUUGAUAAGCGUAAGUCAGUAAAGAUAAAUAUUCUCCUUCAUGUAAAUUAUGUGAGAUGAUAUUUAAAUAGUUGUAAUAUAAUACAAGAAUUUGAAAACUUUUAUACUUGUGAAUUAACAUUAAAAAUUUGUUGCUAUAUAGAUGUCCAUAUACAUUGUGCAGCAUGUUACUUGGUUGUUGAGCAGCAAAUUAAAUGAGCUGCAUUAAAGUUUUAAUUUUGUGGUUGUGGUAUACCCUUUAAAAUAAAUUUCUUUGUAAUCUUGUAGAUCUGAUAUUGUUGUUUUAAAAAAGAUCUGUCAUUUUAUAUAGUUUUUUGAGUAUGUCUUUAUAAUGAUCAGUUUUUACAGACAGUUUAAAAGUUUAUUUUUGUAUGUUUUACCUCUGUGUAUAUAUGUAUAAUGGUAUAUCAUUAUUAACAAGUUAGAAAUUUGUUAUUAAAAAUGCAUUUUUCUUUUUUUAGAUUUUUUUUAUUUUGGUUGUGUGUACACUUAUUACAGAGAAAAUUAUUUUGAUUUGAGCGAAUAGUCUAUUAGUAAAAUAAGAAGUCAGUAUGUGAACAGUUUUAAGAUGAACUGCAGAUUUUGUGUUAAACUUUAACUUAAUUUUAUUUUCUCUCAAGAAAAUAAGAAUGAUCCAGUGUUUAAAUUUAUAUUUCUUUCCAUCAGCCUUGUUUCUGUGCACAAUAGCUUUUUAAAUUAUAUUUGAUUUUGUAUUUCACAAAAAUUGCAGUUGAAUAAUGAAUUCCUUUGUGAUUAGUUCAGUAUUUAUCUCAAAAUAUUGUGGGAUUAUCAGUGCAGGUUUUCUCUUUUCUGUAUUUUUCUUUUCAUUUGAUACAAUGUAUUAGUCAACAAGAAAAAUAAUUGACCCGGUUGAUUCUGGAACUAAUACAGUUUCUUCCCAAAUUCCUGAGUAUGAUAUACAGUCUUAUUUAGUGCCCUUGUGGUUUCCAUAAAAUAUACGAAAACAUUGUCUAUAACUUUUAUAAUAAGUGAAUGUCAAUCAACUUAAAAUAAACUUACCAUCAGGUUAUUGCUUGUAUUUCUCACAAAAUUUCUUAAUCAGAAAAGUGAGACGUAAACACAACGGUAUAUUAUUUUUGGUUCUACAUGCAAGUUUAUAUUGAUACCCAUCAGAAAUACAGUAAAUGGCAAGUGGUAUGAUUUAAAUGGACUGUAAACCAAAUGUUAUGUUAUGAUGCUGCUACUCCAGCCUGGUCAGUUAUUUGUAUGUCCGACUAAUAUAUUUAUAAUCUCUUUUUGAGAGUCAAAUAAUUGGGAGUUUACAUUUAUGUCAUUUUAUUACCAAACAUCAUUGUAACUUAAUUUUAUUAUCUCAGGUCAGUUUUGGCUCUGUAAAUGACAAAUAAUUUUUUGUGCAUCUUUUGUCUAGAUAGUAACAAUUUCAUUUCUCUGGAACACUUAUUAAUUGACUGGGUCAAUUGAAUAUUUGUGUUUUAUAUAUUUGCACAAACAUACUUAAUAUUUAAGUGUUUUAUGCUUAUUUUUGUAAUUGUUAGUAAAGGAGCGUUAGCAUAGUGUAUUAAUUAAAUCUUGCAUUUCAGUUGGUAUUUUUUUAUUUUUAUGACAAAGCCAUCUGAAAAUGCUGCAACUGUUUUUCUGUUAUUUAAUAGCUUCUAACAUUCCUUUUUUGUUAAAUGGCUUUGCUGCUCUGAUCUAAACAGUUGUGAAAUGAAAGAUUUGGAAGUGCAAUGACUAAUAGUGUGUAUCUUGAGUUCUGUAAUACUAGGGUACAUAAAUACUUACUAUUAAUAUAACAGAACAAGAUUUUCAGGUAAUAAUUUAUAGUGUUGAAAUUCCUUUUCUUUCAAACAAAUUUUUCUCACUAAAAAUAAUGCUAAGAAAUCUGGUAACAAGCAAUUGAUUCAGGAAAAUAUUGAAAAUAUUUACAUACACUUUUUUUAUAAAAAGAUGAAAGGUGCAAAGUCUAUGAUACGUUAUUGAUCUGAAUUCAAAAUAAUUUUUCUAUUUACUAGUUGAAAGUUUGUUCUUCUCGGUGUCGUUUUAUUAGAGGUUCCAGCAGUAAUAGUGGACUAAGUAGAUCCUGCUGUGAGAACACAGAGAAUAAUUGCCAUAUUCCAUUAUUGCAGCACUUUUGCUCUUAUGGCAGGUUGCAUCGCUUUGAGGGUCUCGUUUUAAUAGUGAAAGCAUCUCUUUUGUCAAGGGUGUGGCAUGCAUGUUGCAGCUAUUUGUAUUUAAGUCUCGUAAAGGGCAAUUGGCCUCAGUGACUUUAGAUCCCAAGGUUCCUAGUUGAACCCAAUGUGUAACCCACAAUGUCUCGGAUUUGGCUAGUAAUGCCAGUUUCAGAGUUAGCCUUUCUUUAGAACCAAUCCAGCAUUCGCCUUGAUGAACGAGAAACCUCGAAAGCCCCGGUCAGUAUGAUUAUCAUGGGGAUUGAACUGGAGCCUUCCGAAUGCGAAGUCGGCAUGUUAUGUCCUGGGCCCUUCGCUCAGUGUUGCUGUAAAUGCGAAUGGCUAAAACUGAAAUGUAAAUAAAAGUAAUUAAUAUGUCAAUUUAUUUACCUAUUUUUUCUGAUUUUGAAAUAUUUUCUUUGUUUAACCCUUCAUUUUAAACAGCAUAUAUUAUAGAACUCGUUCUAAAUUGUAAUAGUAACAGUAUUGGUCCUAAACUUGCUACUCCAAUUCUAAUGCAAUCUGCUAGCAAAUGUAGCUGAAAAAUUCAGUUUGAAGACAUAACGAGCAUCUGACUGAGCAGAUCGUAUCGUGAACGCAUUUCAUGCCCUUUGCACAUUGGGAUAUUUUUAUUACUUUCAUAAUGGUGUGGAAAUUUACUUCUGAAUUGCAAUUGUAGUAGGUAGUACACAGUGGGACAAAAAAAAGUUUGGAAUUUUUUCAGGUUCAAUUUUAAUAAAUGGUGGCUGAUUUUAAUUUUGAUGUAUAAAGCGUUUAUUUAGACACCAUGCAAAAAAUUAAGUUGCCUACAAGUUUGCAAAUUCAAUGUAUUUAAGUAUUUUUAGAAAAAACACACAAGUGUACCAUGGGUUGUGCAUAGCAGUGCACAGUGUGUCAUUUUUUUGUGAUAUAACGCAGGAAGGUUCGUUUUGAAACACCAAAACACUGUGUUGCUGGUCUAAGAAAUCCACCUCUCUAAUACAAAAUCUACUGCAAGUUUCAGGUCUUUUUCUGUAAAUUUGUAUGUUUUUCACCCUUUUGUGACAUCUUAAACAAUGAUAAUUUCAUUUAUGGUUAUCUCACAGGACACUUAAUGAAACAUUUAAUGUGACAUCCUUGAUUACGAAUACAACAGUACAUAAAGGAACAGUCCCACUGUGUACCUUUGCUUGUUGUCCCACUAUGUUCUUUGCACAUGUUAAGUUUUCAUCUACCCCCAAGAAAUAUAUCCAUUUUAAACCAGAGGUAACAACUUAGUUUUAUACCUAAAUAGUUACUUUCAACUACAUUAAAAUUUUUUCAAAAAAAUUUGGAGACUCAUCUUUUGUAAUUUGAUUCAGAAACUCUAACAAAAAUAACUUUUGAUGUCAAAUAAGACGAGGAGUAGCAUAACAUGUCUUCACUUUGAACUCUAACAGCCAUACUAGAUUCAGUGGUUAAGUUGUAUUGACUGCAGUGAAUGGAAGGGGUUUGAGUAGGUUGUCUUAUUUUACACAUAUUUCAGUGGUGAACCACUGUGUACUUCCAUCCCCUAUAUUAUUUGAUUGUAUAAGUAUUAUUAGAUGUUCUUAAUAUAACUUUGUUCUGGGAACGAUGAUUAAGACUGAUUCUUAAACUCUCAAUUUUCUGGACUGCUGGAUUUGGUGGGUACUGCAAUACUUUAUGUAGCAUGUUACCCUUACUGCAACACUUGUGCCAUGCUCUUGGUUUUGACUUGUAUGAAAUUUUCUCAGUUGUAAAGCAUAAUAAAUAUUAUUUAAUGAAUACUUAUUUAAAUUUUAUUUUCAACUAAUUGUAAACAUCGUGUUGAAUUCAACCAUGAUGUGAUUGUAGGAUUCUGAGACAUUUUCUGCUCCUGAACUCAUCUGAAACUUCUCUUAUGGCCAAAGCUCAGGAAAUAGAUCAAAAAUGGCAGCUAUCUAGAAUUGGGAACAUACAAGUAACUUGCAUGUUAAUUUUUGCAAACAUUUGUGGUAUCUUUACUCUCAGUAAAGAGGGCGGGUGGGGGUAUACACAGUAUUGGAAUCAUCACAGGACCAAUUUAUAAUUUACAAUAUUGCGUUUUUGAUCUCCUUACAAAACUUCUGAAUAAAAGUGAUGAAAAUUAUAUUUUAAACACAAAGGCACCUACUUUUUAAGAAUAAACUUGGCAUGUAUCUGUAACUAAUACUUUAGUUACUGAUGAAUUAUUCUGGAAUUUUCUUGCAUUUAUUUAGUAGCAAGAAUGAUUUUUUGUUGCUAUAGAUGUGGCGAGGGAGCAACUUUGCAACAUUAUUUGCAUUGUGGUAAAUUUCGAAAUUAUAUUUUCUAACAUGUUGGUCGUGUUUCUUGCUACUGCUUACCUGGUGUGUUGUAACUUAUUUAAUUUUUAAUUAGAAAUUCAGCCAUCGUUUUUAUUUAUUUAUUUUUCAAUGAGUUACAUUUUUCUUUUUUAAUGCCACUAAUUUAUUCUGAAUGAUUUAGCAGCAGAUUAGUGUAAGUCAAAGGGUUAUCAUAUGUAUUGAUAAGCAUCUGUUGUAUUCUACAUAAUGUGAAAUAAGUGGUUUCUUUCUUGUAAGUAUCAGCAAUUUCUGAAAUUAAUUUUAGUAUUCAAGGUCACCCUUUGAUGCAUAAUGCUGUUGGUUCUUUUUAUAAAUAGUAAAUUUAAAACUGAUUUAAAUAUGAAUUUGUGCAGUUCAUAACACUUCAUUAUUCUUUUGCUGGUAUUCUGUAUGUACUUAGCAGUGCUUCUGUGAUGUUAUACAAUACUAUAGUGCAUUUAUAUGCUUACAUAGAGUAUAGAAAUAUUUUUUUUUAAUGGUGAUACAUUUUUUUUGUAUAUUUCAAUUGAUUGUACUUAAGGAAGGAGUCAAACUGUCCAUAUUAAUAGUUUAUAUGGAGGGUUACAUGUAAAUGUACCAAAAUUAUGCAAACAAACGCAAAUGAAUAGUGUUAAACUGAGUGUAAGUCAUGUUGAAGACACUAUUGCACAAUUAGAAGGAACGGUACCUAGUGAUGAUUACACUAAAAUGUUUUUUUGUUUAGAAAUGUGUUAAAUGUUAUGCAUAUAGUAUUGUGGAUUUUAAUGUCUUAUUCAAUAACAGUGUACUAAAUUUUAAUAAGCAUAUUAUACUGGCUUAUGUUCUUUUUUAUUUAUUUACAACUGUGCCAGUGUAUUAUGUUAAUGAAAUGGAAGUGACAAACAUCAUGAAAACUCUGAUUGUCACUUGAUACUGCACCGUCCAUUCUGAGUGUCUUGUAUGUAAAAUACAUUGAUUCUUAUGAUGAUAUUUGCAUUGGAAAGGCCUUAUAUGUUGUAUGUUUUGCACUAAUAAGAUUGGGAUGUGGCUUCAGGAUAAUUUAUGUGACAAUUAGACAACUCAGAGUGGAAACAAAAUACUUUCUGCUCUUAUCUCUUUGUGUAGAAUAAAAACAUUAUUUCACAGAGUUCCGUGAGAAAAUUAGUAUAUUUGUCAAGGUGCUUUUAAAUCAUUGAUUUUAUUACUUUUUUAUAUUUUGUUACUUUCACUCUAAAAUUUGAAUUGAAGCCAAACCAUUCUAUACACAUGUUCACCAAAAGAAAAGAUGGCUUUAGAAUGGCAAAACAAUAUUGGUUUAAUAAUACCUUUCACUCUUUAAUUUAAUUUAAUUUAUUUUGGUUGCUAUUUAAAAACUAUAUCUAAAUGCAGAAAAUGCAUCUGUUUGUAAGUUCAAAUAUGAUUCAUAAGAUUUAUCGUCUUCUGGUUCAUGAGUAAAUAUGUUUGAAACAAAACGUCUUAUAAUUAGACAUUUGAUUUGAUGGUUUUAAAAUCUAUUUUAGAUAUCUGAAGGUGAGGGUGUACUAUAAUUUCUUAAAUAGCAUGCAUUGGAAUGAAAAUACCUUUUGCAUAAAUUUUAUUUUAUUUCAAACUCUGAUUAAAAAAUUGAAAAAGAAUACAGGAAAGUAACUAAUGCUAAGAGAUCAGUGUCCUUUUUACUCAUAAUCUUUUCUGUGCAGAAAAUGAUAUUCAACACGUUAUGUGCAUAUUUUUAUGUAGAAUAAGAGAUAUUAAUAAUCUCUUUGUCCUGUGAUGCAGAAUAUCAUUUGUAUUGGUAUUAAUCAGUUUCAGCCUGAAUUGCUCCAAACACACUAUUCUCUGUGUCUAAUUACACAGAACAGGCAUUUUUACGCUCUUACAGGUUGUAUAGGAAGUUUUAGGCUCUAGGUUGGAAAUAAGAAUUUUGGACACUAUAAAAUAUUCGUCUGUGGCAAGAAGUAAUGAAUGUCUCGAUAAUUAGUUUCAGAUGUCUAAGUCAAAAGAGUUCAAUAGUUAUUUCCUUAAAGCUCUGAAGUCUACUUUUAAGUAUUGGAAAUUAUUAAAUUUUUGCUCAUCAGAUCUUGUAAACUUUUUGAAUCCUUGUAUUAACAGUAAUCAUUGAAUACGACUUGUUCAAAAGUAUUGAAUUGAAAAUUUUUAUAAAUUCAUUUCUCUGCAGACAUAGUUUUUGUAAUAUUUAGGUCAUUGAUUGUGAAAUAUAAUACAAGUAUGUUGAAAAUAUAAAUUGAAAUAAAAUGUGUUGUUUUUGUCAUUCUAAGGUCAAACUUAGUUAUUUUAUAUAAAAAUUAAAUGCAUACCUCAGGUGGGUACUGGUUUAUUUAUGAAAUUGAACUGAAAGUCAUUUCGUUUAAUUUUUUCAUUACUUUGUGAAACAUUACGUUCACUUCAGAAAAUAUCUGUGUUGUAAAUGAUUUUAAAAGCUCUGAAAUAAAAGAAUAGUUUUGAAUUAAGCUUCAUUGUUAAUAUCAUUUGAUUUGUCAUUGAAAUUGUAAUAUCAAUGUUCAUGUUGAUCAUGUAAAUUUUUCCCGUUUCGUUUAUUAAUGUUUAUUGUUUCUCUUUCUCAGUUAUACUAACAAAGUGUUGCAUUUGGUUUUUAUUUAUAUACUAUCAUAAACAGUAAAUGAAUUAUGAGACAUUUGGUAGGAAAUGCUAAAUUGAAGUGCUGAAGCAAGGAUGGGAUGAACUCUUCCUCAAUGGCGGAAACUGGCAAAAAAGAAACUGAGAGAAAUAAUUACAUGUAUGGUGUAUGCAGCUGUAAUUAUUUGCUUUAAAAUCCCUUAUUCCUCGAGUGUCUCAUAAAACGUCUCAGAAGGGUUCAAAAGUAAACCAUUCUUCAUUAAUUUUAAUCUCGUAUGGGAAGAGGGCCCUUUGCACCUUUCUUUUGAUCAAGAAUGUUUUGUGAUCUGAUGAGGUUUUUCUUAUAGUGUUCUUUGUGAUCACAUUUGACGUUCUUUUAACAAAAUAUUUUUCUAACUAUGGAACUAGUUAUUAUUGAGAAUGUGAAUUUUUUUAAUAAUUGCGAAUAAGAUUUUGAUAUUUUCAAGUACUAUGAAAGUCUUGCAUAUAGCCAAAAACGGGAGAGAAAACUUCAGUUUCAGAGAGAUUGGUUGCAGAUUUAGAUAUUAGGUAAAAACACCUUUCAUAUUGUUAUUAGUCUGGUAUUUAUAAAAAUAAUUUUAUUAUAAUUUUUUUCAGUUUUGGAAGUUGAAAAAUACUUUUUCAGUAAUGUUCAGAUUUGUUAUUAUAAUCUGUGAAAACUUUUCAGAUUGAGGUGUGUAGAUAAUAUUAACCUUGUAUUCCUUAUCUCAUUUCUUUAAAUGGAUGUUAUAUGCUUGUUGCACAAAUUAAAAUUGCAGAAGAAAUUAAUAAAAC